CGUAAACAUAUAUAACACCUUAGGUUGACGGAUGGAGAGGCCAAGAACUACAGGUCUCCUUCAAGAGUUUUUUUCAACCGUAUACUUACUCAAAUGUUCGCGAACAGGCAGUCUCACCCAGGGAAUGGACGACAAGAAGGACUUGGGGGCGACGAGCUGACCCGACAGCAACUUGCAGACGCUCGUCCUUUGCACCGAGAUUUAGUCAGUGGACUCACGUCCGCGACUCGGAAUGGCGAUGUAUUCCGUAUGAACCUUAUUGGAGGUGCUCUAGGGGCACUCGCCAAAGCAAGGGUCUUCGAAUCGCUGAGCGAAGGUACUGGAUUAGCGGAGGAACAAGGAGUCGCACUGCUCCUAUGCGAUGCAGUUUAUAUCUUCGAGCGCGCUUGCGCUACAGAAAGCCCUUCGCAAGAUCCCUUGGCAAUAAUGAUUCGGAACAGGACGAGGGGCGAAGAUUUGGCGAAAAUUGUGAUUGACAGUGGCCUGAGCUAUCUCGUCAACCCGAGUCCGUUCGGGCUUCGACACCCUCGUCAAACGCCCUACACGUACUUCCAUUCACAGUUGAAGAAAGCGCUUUAUAGAGCACAAAUUGAGCCUCCUGAGGAUAUCCGUGUAGCAGCGAGAGAGCUACUAAGCGGAAGUUUUCGGCACACGCCCCGAGUGUAGAAGUUUAUCGUGCCCGUUUUUGAUCGAUUAUCAUAUAUCUCAACAUGAAUUGGAGGCCCGAUGCCAGAACCAGCUUAAAGUACUGUAUGUAGGGUACUGUCAGUGCGUAUGUAAUUAAUCCAUCCC